CUCACGGCGGAGAUAAACGGCGGCGGAAGAAGACAGCACCGUGCAAACAUCAUCAGCGGAAAAGAUCCAAUUUUUUAAGUUCAAGCCGAGUGGAUAAACGAUGGAGUAAGGGUAAAAUGGUCGAAUGGGGAGGAUGGAUCCCUAUUCUCAAGGAGGUCGAUCAGAAGAGCGUAAAUUACGGAGUCUCAUGUAAACAGCAUUCGUCUUCAUCUCUGAUGGGAAGGGUGAAACUGAAGAUAAAGAAGAUAGAGAACUCAGCAGGGCGGCAAGCAACGUUUGCUAAAAGGAAAAAUGGAAUCUUGAAAAAGGCUAGCGAGCUCUCUGUUCUCUGCGACGUUGAUCUUGUUCUUCUUAUGUUCUCUCCUGCUGGUAAACCUUCCUUAUGUUGCGCUUCUCGAAGUGGCGUUGAAGAGGUGAUUGCAAAGUUUUCUCAAGUAACACCGGAUGAAAGAGCAAAAAGGAAGAUCGAGGCUCUUGAAACCUUGAAGAAAACUUUCCAAAAGUUGGAUCACCAUGUAAAUAUAAGAGACUUUAUAUCCUCAAGUAAUCCGACAACAGAGGACUUGAGUACUCAAGCAAGGAUUCUGCAAGAUAGAAUUUCUGAAAUACAUGGAAGAUUACGUUUUUGGACCGAACCAGAUAAGAUAAACAAUGUUGAAGACUUGGGCCAGCUCGAAAUCUCGAUCAGGCAAUCCCUUGAUCAAUUGCGUGCGCAUAAAGAACAUUUUGGACAGCAGCAGCAACACGCAAUGCAAAUCGAAAACGCAAACUUUGUUAAAGAUUGGUCAACCAGCUUGCUGCAAGAUGGGAUUCAGAUUCCUUUAGAACAACAGCUUCAAUCUAUGCCAUGGAUUCUUAAUAACAACACCACCAACGUUGUCACUGAGGAGCACAAUUCAAUGCCACAGAGGGAAGUGGAGUGCUCUGCGAGUUCUUCAUUUGGAAGCUAUCCAGGAUACUUUGGAACAGGGAAGUCUCCAGAGAUUACGAUUUCGGGUCAAGAAACGAGCUUACUUGAUGAGUUAACCAACGGACAUUUGAAACCGCAGCAGCAGUUCACUGAUAAUAACAUUAUCCCAUACAUUCCCAGUCUGCAGAAUGAUCUGAAUCAUCACCAAACGUUGCCUCUUCCUCUUCCUCUUCCUCCGGUUUUUAACUUUCCAAUGAACCAGAGGGAGUAUCACAUGAAUGGAUUCUUUGAAGCACCGCCACCUGGAGCUUCUGCUUACAACAACAUUACAAACCAGGCAAGGUUUGGUUCUUCUAACAGCAGCUCCUUACCUUGCUCUAUCUCCAUGUUAGACGAAUACUUGUUUUCCCAGAUGCAGCAACCGAACUGAGAGAUAGAGAGAUUUGAUGAAUGAUGAUGAUACAACAUCUUGAAGAUGUUUUUUUUUCAGAUACAGCGAGAAGAAAGAAAAAAGGUCCUGCAGAGUUCUUAAGUUGGUUCCAAGAAGAAGCAGAACCAGUGGUGUGAAUGCUGCUGGUAGAUUGCUACAAAUACGUGAUUAUUAUUUCUAUACAUAAUUUUUCUCCAUCGGAUGAGAAUCUGGGAUUUUUGAUGAAAAAAGACAGAGAGGUUUCCCAUUUUUUUUUUGUGUUUCCGGCAGAUAUGUUUAGUGUGUCUCUGGAGGCUGUCAAAGUAACGCCAUGACGGCCAGAGAUGAUGAGAUAAAUCUCUCUCCUUCCCUUCCUACAAAACUGUAGCUUUUGUGUCCUUUUUUGUUUUAUUCAUUCAUUCAUUCUUUGUAAAACAAAACAAAACGAUGUUUAUUAUUUCAGUUAAAAACAUAAAAAUACAUUUUACAUGUA